CCAGUUGUCUGCCCGACAUGGACACUGACGCCAUUGUGCUUGCAUACCUCAAGCGGAAACAGUAUGAGCGUGCCGAGGCUGCGCUUAACCAUGAGGGGAGGGUCGAGUCGCUGGACGACCUUGCCUUUCGUGCCUACUCGGCCGUCGACACAAACGUAGCAAACUACAUCCUCUUCCACAACCCCAAGGAGGGCCCACAGGCAUACCUCGAGUCAUAUGCUCGCCUCAAGGACUGGAUUACCACCUCGCUCGAGGCCUACCGUGAUGAACUGUCGGCGAUCCUCUUCCCUGUCUUUGUCCAUUGCUACCUCGACCUGGUGUCCAAGGAGCAUGCGGAGGAAGCCAAGACGUUCCUGGCGCGAUUCUCGCCGGAACAUGCGGCGGCGCACUCGGCCGACCUGGCGCAGCUCGGCUCGGUGACGCACAAGCAGCAUGUGUUGCAGAACAAACUGUCGUCGACGUUCCGGACAAACAAGUACAACGUGCGGCUGUCGUCGUACGGGUUUGAGCUCCUGGUGCGGUUCCUGCAGGAGGCCGACUUUAUGCUCCUGCUCGCCAUUGUCAACGAGCGCAUCAACGUGCUGGUGGCCGAGGCCAAGCCGAACGACGGCGUUGUUCCGCGGUUUGCCGCCGGCGCGCUCACCGGGCUCAGUGUCGAGGCCAUGGACGAGCUGGUCGAGGCGCACCAAGUCCACUGGGGCACCUUUCCGUCGUUCAAGGAGUCAACCCACGCGCUCAUCUCCGAGUUCUCGGAAGAGCUCAAGGGCCUGACCGACGACGAGGGCCGCCCGCUGGUCUUUAAUCUCUUUACCGAGGCGCAGGCCGAGCUCGACGCCUCGUUUGCGGCCGCCGCCGAGGAGGGCGCCGGGCGGUCCAAGCGGCGCAAACGCGGCGACGGGUCGGCGGCCGAGACCGGCGACGCGCCGCCGGUCCCGGAGCUCAAGCGCAUUCCGCUGUUGGAGACGGCCGAGCUCUCGGAGCUCGAGUCAUUUGCGGAGGUGCGGUCGCGCAUGGCGCUGUCGUCGACGGCGCUGCCGUCGGCCGCCAUGUACACCUUUUUCAACACGUACGACACGCUCAACUGCGCCAGCUUCUCGCGGUCCGGCGGGCUCAUGGCAACAGGCUUUGGCGACUCGUCGAUCCGGCUGUGGGACCUCGAGGGCCGCCAUCUGACCGGGCUCAACCCGGAGCUAGUGCCCAUUGCCGAGAACUCGGUCGUCCUGCACGGGCACUCGGGCCCGGUCUACGGCCUCUCGUUCUCGCCCGACUCGCGGUUCUUUGUCUCGGCCUCGCAGGACGGGACGGCCCGGCUGUGGUCCAUGGAGACCAGGACCAACCUUGUGGUGUACUCCGGCCACUCGUUCCCGAUCUGGGACGUCGCCGUCUCGCCGCUCGGCCACUACUUUGCCACGGCCUCGCACGACACCACGGCUCGUCUCUGGUCGACCAACAUGGUGACCCCGCUGCGCAUUUUUGCCGGCCACCUCAGCGACGUCGACACCGUCGCCUUCCAUCCCAACUCCAACUACGUCGCCACUGGCUCGUCUGACAAGUCGGUCCGCCUCUGGGACGUCCAGUCGGGAAACUGCGUCCGUGUCUACACCGGACACACCGACGGUGUCGCCUCGCUCGCCUUUUCGCCCGAUGGUGCCAAGCUCGCCUCGGGCGCCCACAACGGCGCCGUCAUCGAGUGGGACAUCAACUCUGCAAAGUCGCUCAAGUCGUACACCGGCCACAAGGGCGCGGUUUGGUCGCUCGACUACGCCCACGACGGCGUCCUCCUCGCCUCGGCCUCGGCUGACCACUCCAUCCGCCUCUGGGACGUAGAGUCGCGCUUCCUCGACGCUUCCACCUCGCGCCGCCAGGACACCCCGCCGGGUGGCCUCGUCAAGGCCUUUUACACAAAGUCCACCCCCGUCUUUAACGUCAAGUUCAACCCGCGCAACGUGCUACUUGCCGCCGGCCCGUUCCGCGCCUCGGAGCCUUCGCCGCACGUUGACGACCUUUCCCCGGCAGCAAAGGCCCAGGCUGUCGGCGACGCCGGCGCCGCUAUCUCAAUGGACACGACCAAGUAAAGCGGAUGGUUGCGUG